GCGAGAAUCCAGAGGAGGAUACUGCAAAGAUAGGCCCAGGGCCUCUGUCCUCGGUGCUGACUGUCCCAAGAAAAUAGUCCUUCCUUGGAGCAAUGACAUCCAAAGAGAAACAAAUGGUGGAAAAUCUAAACAUGGAAAAUGCUCAGCAGGAAAAAGAAGGAGAAGAACAGGGUCCGGUGCAAAAUGGAGAGGAAUCAUGGAAUUCAAGAUGAGGUGAAGGCCAGAAGCAUGGUGAAAAUGUCAGUCUAGGGCUAAUGAGAUAACUUGUCCCUAAUUUUCGAUGGGCCAUACCCAACAGGCAUAUUGAUGACAAUGAAGUGGGAGAUGAUGUGAAAAAGUUCGUAGGACAGAUAAUGGAAAUCAGAAGAAAAACUAAAGAGCAGCAAAUGAGGCAUCAUAAAUGCUUCUAAACUCCUGAACCUGAUAAUCAUUAUGACUUUUGCCUUAUACCUUGA